CGGAAACCAGCCCAAAUACCGUAAAAUAAAACCCGCUUUUUUUACGAUGCACCGGUGAAAUCCUUGUGCAGGCGAUUGUCGCUGCCCCCAUCGGUCAGCCCGCCCGCUGCCUCUUGACCAUCACCAGCUACUUCUAUUGUCUACGGCUGCUGGUGCUCGGAACCGGGGCGUGCGUAGAGCUCGUCGCCCUUGUGCGUACGCAGCGCCGGGCCUUCCCAAAGAGGGGCGGGAGUGGAGGUGGCGCUUCUUGUCGCACUUGGGCUGACUUUAAAAGCGCCGCGCGAUCUGCGGCUCCCCGGCAGCCGCCGCAGCGCUUCGCUUGGAUGGUGCGCCGGUUCCUCGCCUGCGCGCUCUGAAUGCAUUGGGGCAAGCGCUCCUGCCGUCGCCGAUCCCGUAUUUUUCUUGGUGGGGCUGGAGGGCUCGCCUUUCCCAUGCGGUUCUCGUCGACCAUGUCCCAAAAUUAUCUUUUAGCGCCCAUCCAAGAAUGCCCCUCCGAUUUCCUCGUCAAGGAUGUGAAAUUGGCGGUGCUCGGAACAGGGGGCGUGGGGAAGAGCGCCAUGAUUGUACGGUUCCUCACCAAAAGAUUUAUUGGAGACUAUGAACCCAACACUGGGAAUCUGUAUUCAAGACUUGUUCAUAUAGAAGGUGAUCAAAUUUUUCUGCAGAUCCAAGACACACCAGGAUGCAUGGAGAUCCAACAAGACUUGCCGCAGAUGCUGGAUUCGGUUUCUGGUUGUCUCAAGUGGGCAGAUGGCUUUCUCUUAGUCUAUUCAGUUACUGACCAUCAUAGCUACCAGUUCAUUCGGCCACUUUUUCUACAUAUCCAGAAGAUCCGCCCUGACUCAAAAAUCCCAGUCAUCAUUGUAGGGAACAAAGGGGAUUUGAUGCAUUCCCGACAGGUUGCAGCAAAUGAUGGCCUACAGUUGGCCAAUGAACUGGGUGUUGUGUUUCUAGAAGUUUCAACGAGUGAUAACUAUCAAGGUGUAUGUGAUGUCUUUCAAUAUCUUUGUAAAGAAGUUAGUAAGCAGCACAGUUAUGGCAGCCGGGACAAAAGAAGGUCAUCCAUCAUCCCACGUCCCAAAUCACCAAACGUGCAAGACCUCAAGAGACGUUUCAAACAGGCUCUUUCAUCCAAAGUGAAAUAGACUUGAAAUGGUCUUUGCUCAAAACUAUUUUAUUAACUACACCUUUAUAAGAAGAUUUUAUUUUUGUAUUGAUGCUGUUGGUAUGUACCUAGAUAAAAAUAUAC